AUGCAAGCUUUUGAUGAGCUUAAAAGUAAGCUCUCCUCUGCACCUAUUAUAGCACCACCUCGUUGGGAUUUACCUUUUGAAUUGAUGUAUGAUGCAUCAAAUUUUACUAUUGGUGUUGUCUUAGGACAAAUGAUAGAUAAGCUAGUGCAUGUCAUCUAUUAUGCUAGCAAGGUUCUUAAUGAAGCCCAAAGGAACAACACCACCACAAAAAAAGAACUCCUUGAUAUAGUUUUUGCAUUUGAUAAAUUUAGAUCUUACCUCAUUGGUUCUAAAGUCAUUAUGUUUACUGACCGUGCAGCUCUUAAGUACUUGUUAACCAAGCAAGAGUCCAAGCCUAGACUGAUAAUAUGGAUCCUACUACUCCAAGAAUUCAACAACGAAAUCAAGGAUAGAAGUGGAGCAAAAAAUAAGGUGGCUGACCACCUAUCAAGGAUCCCACAUGAGGAGAAUGAAGCACACAGCCUUGGGGUAAAUGAGAGCUUUUCGGAUGAGCAAUUGAUGAUAAUUCAAGAGGCUCCAUGGUUCACAUAUAUAGCGAACUUCAAGGCCAUUGGAGAGUUAUCGUCCAACUUCAACAAGAACUUAAGAAGGAAGCUCAUCAAUGAUGCCAAGCAUUACAUUUGGGAUGAGCUUUACCUCUUCAAGAAGUGUGCUAAAGGGAUUCUAAGAAGAUGCAUCUCUCAUGAGGAAAGACAAGAGGUCCUUUAG